UUGUUGGACUCUCACGCCGGGAAUCCGACGUGCUCUGGGCCCGCCCCACUCCCCUUCUCGGAAGCCGCCUCCGCCGUCCUCCAGAUCGCUGGUUCUUCCUGCGUUGAGUUACUUGGUGCGGCAUCUCCCGAUCGAGGGUUCUUCCUGCGUCGAGUUACUUGGUGCCGUUUCUGAAGCUUGAUUUUAGAUUCAUUUUCAUAUGGAGGAUUCGGCAUCUCCGCCGGAUCUUGCUGCCGACGCGUCGCCGCAAGGGGGCCGAGAUCAGAGGUCAUCUGACCAUAAUGCAAACAUCAGAGAAGAGAUUUCCUCAGCUCCUAACUCUCGGCGGCCAAACCUUACCUCCUUGCAAAUACCCGAAAGAACCUUGGAAAAUUCAUUGCCAUCUGCAAGGUCAUAUACUUUGUGCAGUCCUGGCUCAGUAAGAGCAGGCUUACCACCAAGGCCUAGUUCAACAAGGACAAAAUCAUCCAUCAGAAGUUUCUUUCCACAACGGAGUCUAAAGACAAGAAGCUCAGCUCCAGAGGGUGACAGAACUGUUCUUCUAAUUCCUGGAACACCGUCCUCAGAAGGAAAACAAGACAAACCAUCAACGUCAAGGCAGUUUUCUUUUACCAAGGUCUUUUCCUCUUUUUCAACCAAAGGAGCACACUCUUUGCCUGUGACACCAGUGGCGAUUUCAGAUUCAUCUUCCACACAGGAAAGGCAUGUGGUUGAUCUAUCUAAUCUGGAAGAAAAAAAUUUGCAGACACAAAUCAGACGCUCAUUUUCAGUGCCUGGGAAUGCCAAGAACAGAAGUUUACAGAGAACGGAUUCAACAGGAUUUGUCCGAGUUAUUGUAGCAACCCCUCGUCCAGUUGUUGUCAACAACACCUUCGAAAGUGAUGCUAUAGAGACUGUUAAUGUAUCUGAAGAUGAAGGUGAAGAUAUUCCAGAGGAAGAGGCAGUGUGCCGGAUAUGUUUUGUUGAACUCACAGAAGGAGAAACACUUAAAAUGGAGUGUAGCUGCAAAGGAGAACUUGCACUUGCACACCAAGAAUGUGCUGUAAAAUGGUUUAGUAUUAAGGGUAAUAAGACAUGUGAUGUGUGCAAGCAAGAAGUGAAAAACUUACCUGUAACAUUGUUGAGACUACAGAAUCCACAGACAGUUAAUAGGCACCCAUCAAAUGCAAUUCGGAGACAAGAAGUUACUUCGUACAGGGUAUGGCAGGAUCUCCCUGUGCUUGUCAUGGUCAGCAUGCUUGCCUAUUUCUGCUUCUUGGAGCAACUUUUAGUUACUGAAAUGGCUUCGCGUGCUCUUGCUGUAUCUUUGCCUUUUUCUUGUGUUCUGGGUCUCCUCUCUUCCAUGAUAGCUUCAAUAAUGGUUACCAAGAGCUACAUUUGGGCUUAUGCAUCUUUCCAAUUUGCAAUCGUAAUCCUCUUUGCUCAUAUCUUCUAUAAUGUGCUAAGAGUAAGCCCUGUUAUUUCAGUCUUACUUUCCUCAUUCACUGGGUUUGGGAUUGCAAUCAGUAUGAAAUCUUUGAUUGUUGAGUUUCUAAGAUGGAGGCAUAGGCGACAUGUACACUUGGCACAACAACAAAAUGAUAGCAGGCAGCAGCAAGAAUCUAGAAACCUUUCUGAAGCUGAAAAUGAUAGGCAGCAAGAAUCAGAGAGCCAAAUCCAGAAUCCUAACCCUUUGUAGCAUGGAUGAAAUUGUUUGUCAAGUUUUUGAGUGAGGGCGAUGGUCCAAGAACAACUGUCUUCCACUGAUACUACUCUGAUAAGAUGAGUAGACUAAGCAAGGAGGAGCUAUGGGUCUAAGUACUGGUUUUGUUUCUUCCCCCCUUACGUCUCCAGUAUGGAUGAAAAUAUUGCUUCACCAACUUGGUUAAAGAUGCAUGUAAUAGUAGUUAUAUGGAGUAGAUGCUCAUUUGUUUACUCAUAUGGAGAUGAAACAUGGGAUUGCUGUGUGGAAUAUGAUAGAUUGCAAAUAGCACAUACUUCUUGUAGGGAAUAUUGUUCUCUAUUGUAUUGGGUUAAUGGCUCGAACUGGUCAAGCCAAUUGUCCUGGUCAUGUUCCAGCUUUCCUACAUCCACCUUCACCAACUAUACUGAAAAGUCAGGCUGCAAACAGGAAUCAGAUGAGGCCAGUCAGCAGCAGAAAUGAUAGAUAUGAGGCUGGACCCGAUCAGGAAAACGUCAUGGAUCUGAGCAGGAAGCUGCCUCCGGCCAGUCCAGCAAAUGAUCAUCUCAAACAUCAAAAUCAUUGAGGUUGCAAUGUUGAAGAUUUUUGUAGUCUAUCUGAUUAUUUCCCCUUUUUUUCUUC